AGCGGCGGUGUCUCCACCAAUAGAAGUUGAUUUUCAUCUGAACUCAGUCAGUCUUGGUUGUUUGUUCAGUUCAAUUUGGAGCACAAGUGUUCUGUGUUUGACUGCGCCAUUUUUGUCACGUGACCUCUCCUAGCGUCGUCUGCGUUUCGAUAUGGAUCCCAGUGUUUUGCAAGCCAUGGACAAAGACGCUUUGAAGAAGCAGAUCGAGAAUAUGAAAUAUCAGGCUACAAUGGAGCGUUGGCCGCUAUCUAAAAGCAUAGCCGCCAUGCGGGAAUACGUGGAGGAGAAUGAGAAGAACGAUCCUCUGAUACACGCCCCCGACAAGAAGAACAACCCCUGGGCUGAGAAAGGAAAGUGUAUAAUCAUGUAAACCAUAAACCAUGAUGUGAUGGGCCAUAAACCACCGAAAAAUCGCCAUAAACUGUCAUCAACUUAUGGCAGCCAUCACAUUUUCUUCCUUCAUUAUGUAUGUUUACAAACACUCUUUGGUCGAUUCUUUUUAUCAAAGUAAGAAACACUUUUUGGUAAUGUAUUCAGUAAGGUAAGAAAUUGAUACUUUAAGGGCCGUUUGCACAGUCAAAGCUUAAACUGAAUUUAAUCAGCUGGUGGCUUACACUCAAAAUGAAUCACAUUAUAACAAACGAGACUUGAUACGGAUUAAUCCAGUUUAAAAUGAAAUUUAGUUUAAACUGCCACUGUGCAAACGGCCUUAGGGUAAAAGUUUGAUUUAUCAAGAUACAAAACGCUUCUUGGAGUAUUAUCCAGCAAGAUAAGAAAUUCUAUAGUGAGGUCCACGUUAUAAUGGCAGUGUUUGAUUAUCAAUUGUAUUGAUAUCCUUGUCUAUCAUUGAACAAAGCGGAUCUCUUUCUCGCUUUACUCCGUUGCAAGAUCGUAUUUUAACAAUGUAGAAUUGAUAAUUAAUUAACAAAAUAUUUCAUCUUAAUUAUGAAAUUAUUGAAAAAUAUAAUUUCUUGCUUUAAUAAAAUAUAAUUGAUCAUUUUAAACGAGAAUGAACCGUUUACAUCAAUAAACCUGUAUCAGCUACCGUCAAUAGAAGGCAUUAGCAAGACAGAGGAUCGGCAACGUUGUUCUCCUAUCUUUCUCCAAUGCCAUUAUAACGUGGACCUCACUGAAUGGAUGUAUGAUUUAUCAAAACGAGAGAAACUUCUUGUUAAAGUAUUAUUAUGAGCAAGAUAAUAAAUAAAUACUCUGAUAAAGUUUGAUUUGUCAAUAUAUGAAACACUACUAGGUUAGAAAGUAAUCAAGAAAUGAAUCACUCCUAGAAAAGUAUUAUUCAGAAAGAUAAAACAUACUUUUGCAAAAAAUGAACAUAUUAAAAAUAUGAGGCACUCUGAUAAAAGUAUUAUUAUUUUUCAACAUAGGAAACACAUGGUUCUGCAAAAGUAUUAACUGCACUUAUAUCAACUUGAGAAACCGCUAGUUUUUUGUUUAAUCUGUAGAACAAUAAAAGUUUAAUUUGAGGACUUAAUAAACCUUAUUAUCAUAAUAUAAACUUAUACAAAGAUGUAUUUCAAAAGAGAAAUUGUGUAGUUGAUACAUAAUUGAUAGUUUAAAAUAUCAAAUUCAUGAGCCAACGUGAAUAUAGUCAUCUUUUUGGAAAACAUUCAAAUUUCAAUUUUUUGUGUAGGUACUAAUGAAAUUAUUAUGAAGUUUGUUUUACUCCAUGAGACAAGGUUUCCGCAGAAUGUAUGAUUUUGACUCGCAAAAAUUUUAAAAUGAAUUGGGAAAAUAUUAAUUAUUUAGAUGCUUUACAAUUGAAGGAUUUGAAAAAAUAUCAAUAUCCUUUGAAGCUUUACAAUAUUGAAGGUUUGGAUAAAAGUAGAAAUCACUUUGAAAGCUUUACAAUGUAAAGUAUUGUACUGUUUUAUUUCAGAAAAUUACUACCUAGUCCAACCAAACUUUGUCAAUUAAAAUAUUGUCGAAACAAUACAAUGUUUUCAGAAUAAUGAAGGGCUUCAUAACACAGAGUGUCCUGAGGAAAAUGGUAGCUUUUUGGGUUUUAAAUUGGGGGUCCACCAUUACAGAGAGCCAGUUAAUUCAGUAAAGAAGGCUUUCUAUUGAUGUUGAUUAUAUCUAUUCUGGUCUUAUACCUUGUUCUACCUCAGGUUUAUAAUACUCUAUACCUGAAAGCUCUCAGGUUCUCUGCUAUUUAAAAAGUACAGAUCACCUCAAUGGACGACCUUAAAAUUUGAACUUUACUCCAAAGCUAUACCUCACUCAAUGCACUCUGUGUUCACCAAUGGAAAAUUGCUUGCUAGAUGUUUCAAUUCAAAGCUUUUUUAAAAUAUUUUUCAUUUGUUAGAUGUUGACACUGUUGAAGCAAUGCAUUCUACUGAUUUUUUGGAAACUCAAAAAUGUUUGUGUUUUUAAUAGGAAAAAAUGCUUGAAAAUAUUGAAAUAGUUCAAAUAAAGCAGUAUCAUAGGACUUAAGCCAAACUCUGUUGUACGGUAUAGAAUGAUAGACAAAUCUAGCAAAACCUUUCAGUGAAUUUUCACAGAAAAUUUUGUAAAACAAAAAUAAUUUGUUAUUGAAGAAAUAAGAGUAAAUAUUAUAAGCUCAAUUACUUUAUAUUAUCAUCACUUGGAUUCAAGAUUUCUCUAUGAAGUCUUCAAAUUUAUUUUGAAUCCCCUUAAAAACUUGUGAAAGAAGUUUCCUAGGACGUUUAUAAAAUUCCCACAUUAUUCUAUCAUUAUGUGUGCUUAAUCAAAAUAAAAUCUUAAAAAAUUGCUGACUAAUGAUGAAAAUUGAAAUAAUUCACCAGAAGUUUAAAUUUUUAUUUCAUAGAAUUUGAUGGACCAAAAAGGAACUCAACAGUCUCAAAAUCCAGGAAAAUGUACACAUGUAUUAAUUUGAAAUAAUUUCAUCACUCUUUCUAGAAAUAUAUUAUUACUAUAAAUUCAAUUGUAAUGAAAAAAUGAGCUCCAUAAUGUACUAUAUUUAUGCCAAGUUAGUACAAAUAUGUUCAUGUAUUUUAAAUAUGAUAAAAUUUAACUAAUCCCCAAUAAGGUUUCUUAUUAAUUUACUGUUUCAUUUGCCAAAUUUAAAUUUAGUGUUGUGUUGCUGUCCAUGUUAUUUGACUAAAAUUAAAAGUUUAGUUAUUUUAAAAUUAUAAUGAAU